UCGCUCCCACCCUCCCUCUGGGCUUAUUGAGAGUUAUAUCAAGAAUUUCAGUUCAGAGAGAGAGAGGGAGAAGGAGAGAGCAGCUAAAGAGGGAGAAGCACCGCCAGACCAACUCUUCAUUUCCAGUCAGAAGUUGCAGACUUCAUGUAGCUGCCUCUGCUCUGCCGAGAGAGGGACGGGAAUGGUGUGCAGUGCAGAGUGGAAAAUACCCCCGCUCUAAGAAGUGCACCGGAUUUUUCUCUUGCUGUUUGUUUGGGUUGUUGCGUGCACGUUAGGCACCCAAAGGAUCGCCGCUUCACAGGAAUGAAACGUGGAGAGGAUGACUAACGACAGAACUGUGAAUUUGUUCCCUGGAGUUGCUAAUUUGCCACCCCGAAGCAACACAUAUCUCGAGGAGGAAGCGUUUGGCUGCUGCUGAUUUCUCCAAAACUGGUGGUUUACCAGAUGCAUUGUGCUGUAUCUGCUGGAACAGAUCAUUGCUUAGCUGCAACAGAUCGUCAAAGGUAGACAACUAACUGAUGUCUCCAAAUAAGAAAUGAGAUGUAAUGCAUCCUGCAGUCCAUGCAUGCCUCCUCUUGCAAAUCGCGCAUCAUUCCUCUCUGGAAACCUUUAAGUCCUAAAAUCCGUGGAAAGAGAAUAAAAACAUUAUCAUGGACCUGAGGGAUUUUUACCUGUUGGCUGCUUUGAUUGCCUGUUUAAGGCUGGAUUCUGCUAUAGCUCAAGAACUUAUUUACACUAUUAGAGAGGAGCUGCCUGAAAACGUGCCCAUAGGGAACAUACCAAAGGACCUGAACAUUUCUCAUAUCAAUGCUGCCACAGGGACCAGUGCCAGCCUUGUCUACAGACUGGUGUCUAAAGCAGGGGAUGCACCUCUGGUCAAAGUGUCCAGUAACACGGGGGAAAUCUUUACAACAUCUAACAGAAUAGACAGAGAAAAACUAUGUGCUGGAGCUUCCUAUGCAGAAGAAAAUGAGUGUUUCUUUGAACUUGAAGUGGUGAUUCUCCCCAAUGACUUUUUUAGGCUGAUCAAAAUAAAAAUCAUUGUAAAGGAUACUAAUGACAAUGCACCUAUGUUUCCGUCCCCUGUCAUCAAUAUCUCCAUCCCAGAAAACACUCUGAUCAACAGUCGCUUUCCAAUCCCAUCAGCAACCGAUCCUGACACAGGUUUCAAUGGUGUGCAGCACUAUGAGUUGUUAAAUGGGCAGAGUGUCUUUGGACUGGAUAUUGUAGAAACUCCAGAAGGGGAAAAAUGGCCUCAGCUGAUUGUGCAGCAGAACUUGGACAGAGAGCAAAAGGACACCUACGUGAUGAAAAUCAAAGUGGAGGAUGGAGGUACCCCCCAGAAAUCCAGCACAGCUAUCCUGCAAGUCACAGUAAGUGAUGUCAAUGAUAACAGGCCAGUCUUUAAAGAGAGUCAAGUGGAGGUCCAUAUACCAGAGAAUGCCCCUGUAGGCACCUCUGUAAUUCAGCUUCAUGCUACAGAUGCUGAUAUAGGAAGCAAUGCAGAAAUCAGAUAUAUUUUUGGUGCCCAAGUCGCUCCUGCAACCAAAAGAUUUUUUGCUUUAAACAACACUACAGGGCUGAUCACAGUUCAGAGGUCCUUAGAUCGAGAAGAGACUGCUAUUCACAAAGUGACAGUGCUGGCUAGUGAUGGUAGCUCUACACCAGCCCGGGCAACUGUCACCAUCAAUGUCACUGAUGUAAAUGAUAACCCUCCUAACAUAGACCUCAGGUACAUAAUAAGUCCCAUCAAUGGCACAGUGUACUUAUCUGAGAAAGAUCCCAUCAAUACAAAGAUUGCCCUAAUUACGGUUUCAGAUAAGGACACUGAUGUGAAUGGCAAAGUGAUCUGUUUCAUUGAGAGAGAGGUCCCCUUCCACUUGAAAGCAGUUUACGACAACCAGUAUUUGUUAGAGACCUCUUCCUUGUUGGACUAUGAGGGCACCAAAGAAUUCAGCUUUAAAAUUGUGGCUUCUGAUUCUGGCAAGCCCAGUUUGAACCAGACUGCCCUGGUAAGAGUUAAGCUGGAGGAUGAAAAUGACAACCCUCCGAUUUUCAGCCAGCCUGUAAUUGAGCUGUCAGUUUCUGAAAACAACCGGCGUGGUCUAUACUUAACAACUAUUAGUGCCACAGAUGAAGACAGUGGGAAAAAUGCAGACAUUGUUUAUCAGCUUGGUCCUAAUGCCUCCUUUUUCGAUCUGGAUCGAAAGACAGGAGUUUUGACAGCCUCCAGAGUUUUUGACAGAGAAGAGCAGGAACGUUUCAUUUUCACUGUUACAGCCCGAGAUAACGGCACCCCUCCUUUGCAGAGUCAAGCGGCUGUAAUUGUUACUGUGUUGGAUGAAAAUGACAACAGUCCCAAAUUUACUCAUAAUCAUUUCCAGUUUUUCGUAUCAGAGAACUUACCAAAGUAUAGCACGGUGGGGGUGAUCACAGUGACUGAUGCAGAUGCUGGGGAAAAUAAAGCAGUGACCCUUUCCAUCCUGAAUGACAAUGAAAACUUUGUGCUGGAUCCAUACUCUGGAGUUAUAAAGUCCAACGUUUCUUUUGAUCGAGAACAGCAGAGCUCUUACACCUUUGAUGUUAAGGCAGUGGAUGGAGGGCAACCUCCUCGCUCUUCUACAGCAAAAGUAACAAUAAACGUGAUGGAUGUUAAUGAUAACAGUCCUGUUGUCAUCUACCCACCUUCUAAUACUUCUUUUAAGCUAGUGCCACUCUCAGCAAUUCCAGGAUCGGUGGUAGCUGAAGUCUUUGCUGUGGAUAUAGACACUGGCAUGAACGCUGAGCUGAAGUACACGAUUGUAAGCGGCAAUAACAAGGGCUUGUUUCGGAUUGAUCCGGUGACAGGUAAUAUCACUCUGGAAGAAAAACCAACUCCUAAUGACAUAGGCCUGCAUCGCUUAGUUGUCAACAUAAGUGAUUUGGGUUAUCCCAAAUCCCUGCAUACUCUUGUGCUUGUAUUUUUAUAUGUAAAUGAUACUGCUGGAAAUGCCUCUUAUAUUUAUGACUUGAUACGCAGGACUAUGGAAACACCUUUGGAUCGGAACAUAGGGGACAGUAGCCAGCCCUACCAAAAUGAGGACUAUCUCACAAUCAUGAUCGCUAUUGUGGCAGGUGCCAUGGUUGUCAUAGUGGUGAUAUUUGUCACGGUUCUUGUUCGCUGUCGACAUGCGUCCAGAUUCAAAGCUGCCCAGAGGAGCAAGCAAGGUGCUGAGUGGAUGUCUCCCAAUCAGGAAAACAAACAAAACAAGAAAAAGAAAAGGAAGAAAAGGAAAUCUCCAAAGAGCUCCCUUUUGAACUUUGUGACUAUUGAGGAGUCCAAACCUGAUGAUGCAGUUCAUGAACCUAUCAACGGGACAAUAAGCCUUCCAUCGGAGCUGGAGGAGCAAAGUAUAGGAAGAUUUGAUUGGGGCACAGCACCACCAUCAACCUUUAAGCCUAACAGUCCUGAUCUUGCCAAGCAUUACAAAUCUGCCUCUCCGCAGUCUGCUUUUCAUCUCAAACCUGACACUCCAGUUUCAGUGAAAAAGCACCAUGUGAUUCAGGAACUCCCGUUGGACAACACCUUUGUUGGUGGUUGUGACACCCUUUCCAAACGCUCUUCCACUAGUUCAGAUCACUUCAGUGCCUCAGAGUGCAGUUCCCAAGGAGGCUUCAAGACAAAGGGCCCCUUACACACCAGACAGGCACUGAAUUUUGGAGAUAUGCCGAAGUACUUGUGGGAGAUUUGGGUACCUGACAAACCAUGGGUGUCCCAGCGCCGUGUUACAUUUCACCUCCCCGAUGGCUCCCAGGAAAGCUGCAGUGACAGUGGUCUGGGAGACCACGAGCCAGUGGGUGGUGGAACCCUGAUCUCACACCCUCUCCCUCUGGUUCAGCCGCAGGAUGAAUUCUACGACCAGGCUUCACCGGACAAGAGGACUGAAGCUGAUGGCAAUUCUGACCCCAACUCGGAUGGGCCUCUUGGUCCACGAGGAUUAGCUGAAGCUACAGAGAUGUGUACUCAAGAAUGCCUGGUUUUGGGUCACUCAGACAACUGUUGGAUGCCUCCUAGCUUGGGCCCAUACCAACAGCCAAAGUCUCCUCUCUCCACCUUUGCACCUCAGAAGGAAUGGGUUAAGAAGGACAAACUAGUUAAUGGACACACAUUGACCAGGACCUGGAAAGAAGAUAGCAACAGAAACCAGUUCAGUGAUCGAAAGCAGUAUGGUUCCAGUGAGGGCCAUUUCAACACUGGCAACCACAUGACUGACAUUCCUCUGGCCAACUUGAAGUCUUAUAAACAGGCCCCGGGAUCUGUGGAGAGUCCAAAGGAGCACCAGCUAUAAGAAAUGGUUACUUUGGACCAAUGACUUUAGCUUACUUAGACUUGCUAAUACUAUGUGUGUGUCAGAGCUUUAUGUACUGGGUAGACCUCUAGAACUAUGCUUCACCUAGCAGAGAUAUGCAUAUCUUUAUGUUAGCACCGUGGAAGGUAUGAUGUCCUGCAACAUGAAAGAGUGUUUCUACUAGUUGUGUGGUUUUGUUAAAUAGACAUGAUUAAAGUCUACAGAGAUCUCUCCAGUUUGAAAAUAUCUUUUUUUGUUUGUUUUUUGACCCUGGACUGCUGCUAUGAAAAACAGAAGAUGCAUUUGGAGAGGGAGAGAGUGCAAAAGCUCAGUGGAUUACAAAGAUUGAAAAGCAUAUCCAGUUAGAAAAUUGUGCUUUUGUUGUCAUUGAUCUAUGCUGGGACCGUUAUACUUGAGCUCAUAUUGCAAGCAAUUGAAGCUGUAAACAUUAAACCUAUUGUGCUAUUAACAAUGUUAGUGGACACUUGUAAGUCAAUCAGCGUUCAAAUACUUGUAAAUAGCAACAAUUAUUACUUACAAUUUUUGUGUACUUAUAAUGUUCACUUGAAAAUAUACUGUAGCAUAUUUCUGUGUUUCACAGUUGCUUUUUAAUUUCUUUCAUUUGCUUUCUUGUUGUUUUGCUUUUAUUUUCAGUGAUGGUGUUUCUGUGUUAGUAGUCUGUCUGACACACAAUGUUCCAAGAAACUCAAGCCACUUCUAUUAAAAGUGAAAAAAGUAAUGGGGUAGGAAGAAAGGUUGCUUGUAGAAAAGGAAAAAACCCUUUUUUCUAUGUGGUAUGAAAUGAUGCCAGCAUUCAGUUGGAAUGUCUCCUUUUUUUCUUUUUUUUUAAAUUUAAUAUUAAGAAGUGACAGGACUUGUGUAAGGGCUUAAAAACUUAGCAAUUUUUUGUUUAGUUUCCAUUAUGUUUCAUAAAACAGGGAAUUGCAAAACAAAAGAAUAUUUAAAUGUGCAGUGGUGGGCGAGGGAGAAAGCUAGUUGUUUGGGAUCCUUGAUCAAAUUAGUUGUAGUCCGUCAUUUAAUGAGUGGUAGCUGAUGUUGAUCCCAGCUGAAAUAUGUGGAGGAAAUUCUACAGGAGCAAAAUACAAUAAUAAUGUUUUUUCCAGUUGGGCAGGUGUGUGUCUAUACCUAAGACAGUUUGUAUUGCUGAAACAGCAGCAUUUGUGUUGAUCUUCAUCUGCGUUAACGUUGUAGUAACACGAGUGUUUUUAGACCAUAGCCACAGAAUAUUUAAUGUGUUGUGCCUUCAUGAUGUAACAGAGCAUUCUCCUGGUAGGCUAGUUGGGGGAACUAAAGGGUUAAAUCUCUAAUUAUUGCUGUUUAACUGUUUCUUAUCAUAGUUGGUCAAUGCCUGGCAGGUACCAGUAUCACGCCACCUCAGUCAAAUCAGAAGAGUGACUCCUAAUGUUAGUAAGAUCUAAGUUACACGCAAAGCAAAUCCAAAUCCAAAACAUUUGUAGAUGGUUUUUUUUGAGGCAUGAAAAAUGAUUUACACAAAUAAAUAGCAUGCAAAAAAAAAAGUCCUUACAGAAAAAAGCAAGUUACUUAUGCCACAUCAGUCUUAAAGUAACAAAUUUAGCUAAUCUGAAAGCGAUUUUAUUUUUACCAAAAACCAGGACCUUUUUGUUUCUUUCUUUAUUCUUUUGUAUAUAGCAGUUAGCUUUUUUUUUUUUUUUUUUUUUUCCUCCACAGUACAAAAGGCUUAAAAAUGGGUUAGGGGUGCAUUGCUUAUUGCAGUACUUAUGUCAGUUUGUGAGGGGUGUUUGAUGACUUUGACAGAAUAAAUAUCUAACCAGUUAUCCUUGUUACUGCUUUGCCAGUUCAACAUUAUUUAGUUAUUCAGCUUUUGCAAUAAAUGUUCUGAAUUUCUGAUUGUGUUGUGUUAGUUCUUGGGCAGAUUCCUAAGGGACUUUAUUCCUGUUAAUUUCUCUUUCCUUCUAUUAUUGUUGGUUUGUUCAUUUCUUUGCUUCAUUCUGAAUUUCCAGUUAUUUUUCUAAACAUACCAUGGUCCAUUAAGUUCAUAUCUACAUGUGUAAGACUGGAGUAUACAGCAAAUGAUAAAUCCUGAGGGCUAUAUUCUGACAUUCCUAUGUAAGUAGGAACUUAUUCAAAAUUAGUUAUUUGACUUGGAUAAAGUUUUAUUUACUCAUUCCAAGGAUGACAAAAUCUAGCCCACAUUUGUUAGGCCUGCAUAGGCAUAUGGAAUAAGCAUCCUAGCAUGAGUCUCUGUAUAAGUACAGGGGUAGCAUAUAGGAAAUACAGCUCUUGCUGCACUUUGAUUUUUCUUUUGAGAGUAGAAUUAAGCCAUAUCAAAAUACAGUAAAAUGUUUCCUAUAAGGAAAAUUUGAAUCAUUGCAUAAUAUUUUUUGUUGCAGCACAGUUAAAAAACAACAAAAAAGAAAAUGCUGAACAAUCUUGGAAAAUAUGUAUCAAUAAGAGAACCUAUUUCUGAACAUGCUGAGUUUUAAAGCAGAGACGCACUGAGUUCUAUAUUAAAACCAGAAAUACAACAAUUAUUUGAAAACCCAAAUAGCACCAACCAGUUUAAAUUACAAAUGCUUUUUUAAACAGAAUAUAUUUGAAAAUAUUUCUAUCAUGGACAGAAAUUAAAAGAUGCAACUGUUGCUGCACAAAGAGAACUAUAGUCUGUUCCAACCUUCAAUACUUUGUGCUAUUAUCAACUUGUGCAGGAAGAGCUAAAUCAAAUUUUGUUUCAAUUGCUGGCAGGUGAAAUUUUCUUAUCUAAUUUUCUCAAGUUCUGUGUAGUUUUAGAAUCUUAAUACCUUACCCAGCUUUGAAAUAGUUAUUAAAUGAAAAAGACAGGAGAAAAAGAAAGCUGAGAAAAAAGAAAAAGAGAGCAAGAGAGACAUAGACAGAGACGAGGGA